GCAGCCAAUCAGCGCGGCCGGGGCAGUUCGAAUCGGCGGCGCGCGGCGAUGGAGCGCGGAGCGGUGAGGAAAAGCGAGGUGCUGGCGAACGAGGCCGUGUCCUGCCUGAACCGCGCCAUGGCGGCGCUGCGGGACAUCUGGGAGGAGAUCGGCAUUCCCGAGGAGCAGCGUCUGGAGCGCACAGACGUCGUCAGGAAGCACAUCAAGAGCCUCCUGGACAUGAUGGUGGCGGAGGAGGAAAGCCUGAAGGAGCGUCUGCUGAAGAGCAUCGCCCUGUGCCGGAAGGAGCUGGACACCCUGUGCAGGGAGCUCCAGCUGGGCCCCUUUGAGACAGAGGAAAGUACCAUCCUGCAGAUGGAGAAGAACCUGCGCACGUGCGUGGAGGUGCUGCAGAAGCAGAAGCGGGACCGUAAGCAGGAGCUGAAGGCCCUGCAGGAGCAGGACCGGGCCCUGUGUGACAUCCUGUGCACAGCCCUGUUCACCAUCGACACCGGCAGCGUGCCCAGCCUGGACGACCUGGACCGCUACCGGCGCCACGUGGCCUCCCUCAACACCCUGAAGGAGCAAAGGCGGGAAGAGUUCGUCAGCAACAAGCGUCAGAUCAUUCUGCUCAUGGAGGAGCUGGACCACACCCCGGACACCAGCUUCGAGCGGGAUGUGGUGUGUGAGGAUGAGGAGGCGUUCUGCCUGUCCGAGGACAACAUCAUGGCCCUCCAGAACCUGCUGCAGCAGCUGGAAGGGCGGCGGGCCCUGAACGAGGCAGUGUGCGCGGAGCUGCGCGCCCGGAUCCUGGCGCUCUGGGAGCGGCUGCAGAUCCCCCAGGAGCAGAGAGACUCCUCGGCCGUGCACCUGGCCGGCUCCAGAGCCCGAACCAGGAGAGCUCUGCAGCAGGAGGUGGACCGUCUGGAGGAGCUGAAGCUGCAGAACAUGAAAUCCGUCAUCCACGCCAUCCGGGCGGAGCUGGCCGACUACUGGGACAAAUGCUUCUACAGCCAGGAGCAGAGGGAAAGGUUCAGCCCCUUCUAUGAUGAGGAUUACACAGAGACCCUGCUCGAGCUGCAUGAUGCCGAGGUGGGCAAGAUGAAGAUCUACUAUGAAACACACAAAGAUCUGUUUGAGGCUGUUCAGAAGUGGGAGGAGAACUGGAAGCUGUUCCUGGAGCUGGAGAGUAAAGCAAAUGACCCCAGUCGCUUCACCAAUCGAGGAGGAAACCUUCUGAAGGAGGAGAAGCAGCGAGCAAAGCUGCAGAAGACGCUGUCUAGGCUGCAGGAGGAGCUGGAGAGGAAGGUCCAGACCUGGGAGGAGGAGUUCAAGGGAGCUUUCCUGGUGAAGGGGCAGCAGUUCAUGGAGUAUGUGUCAGAGCAGUGGCAGCAGUACCGGCUGGAGAAGGAGAAGGAGAAGCAGGAGCGGCACCUGAAGAAGAGCCGGGAGAUGGAGGCAGAGAUGCUCUACGGCAGCGCCCCCCGCACGCCCAUCAAGCGGCGCAUGCUCAGCCCCCACACACCUGCCAAAGUAAGCAAGCUCCACAGCACCUCCAGCGCCAACACCACUGUUCGCUCAGCCUUUGGGGGAGCCAUCUCCCACUCGCCCACCUCUCGGCUGCCACCCUCCGGGAAGAAGUUCAGCCGGGCCCGCACCCCCACCUGCCCGGCAGUGAAGCCCCCCCGACGCAGGCUGAGGGAGCAGAACAAGGAGAACGUGUCCCAGCUGGACGGAACCACCCUGAGCGGUGGGUGCACCCCCAGAGCCCCUGCCCAGCGUAACCACAGCCACAGGACCUUUGCUCCUCCCGUGCCCCCCUGUGUGUCCCCCGUGUCCUCUCGUGCGGUGGCUGCUCCUGCCCCUGCCUGUGACUCCCCAUGGAGAGCUUCUGGCAGAGCUGGUGGCAGCGGGCCCUGAGCAGCGCUGGGGACAGACCCGUGCAGGGACAGCUACAAGGCAGAGCCCCUGAGCGUGGAGUGAGCAGGGGCUCCAGGGGGGCUGCUUUCCUGCUUUCCUCUCUCAGGGUGGGGGACCUUGUGGGGACCUGGACACCCUCUGUCCUCCCAUCAGGCCGGGCUGAGCCAGAGAUUUACUACUGUGUGAAACUAACAAAAGUUUUCUACUCUUUAUACAUUUCAGUAAAGAAAGGCAUUAAUGUUCAUUGGCUACAAGUUACAUAAUACAAUUUGUAUUCCAUCUCCCUUUGGCAGCCUGGCCUGCCUCUCUCUGUCCCCUCUGAGCUGUGAGGUAGCAGCCCCCU